AUGGGUUACGGCCUUUAUUCGGAGAAAUCCAACAAUUUCCAAGAGGAUAUCACAAAAUUUGACAGCAUCAAGAGCCAGGGUAACAGUUGCGAUGAGACAGCAUUUUUUUUAGCACCAAAAGGACCUAAAGUGCUUGCUAGGAAAGGUGAAAAAAAUGUUUACCAGCAGGUAAAUGCUGAUGACAAGGAAUGUUUAACUGUGUUGGUAACCGGAAAUGCAAACGGUUCCCUAGCCCCUACCACGAUAUUGUUCAGCUAUAAGCGGAUACCUCAAGAAAUUUCAGAUAACUUUCCUUCAGACUGGGGCAUAGGAAAAACCGACUCAGGAUGGAAGACGUGUGAAGCAUUCUUAGAAUUUGUGGCUGAUAUAUUUUAUCCUUGGCUGAUUAAAAAUGGAAUAACUUUACCGGUUAUUCUCUUUGUUGAUGGACACAUAUCUCAUUUAUCACUUCAAACUAGCCAGUUUUGUGAAGAAAAAGGAAUCGUGUUAGUAGCACUCUACUCUAAUGCAACCCAUUUAAUUCAGCCAAUGGAUGUGGCAGUAUUUAAGCCACUAAAAGAAGCCUGGAGGAGGCAUGUACAAAAUUGGAGAAUUGAUAAAAUAAAAAAUGACGAGCCUCAUAUGCUUAAGAAAAAAGAUUUUGCUAAGUUAUUACACGAGGUAAUGGGCAAUACCAUAAGUAAAUCAAUGUUGGCAAAUGGAUUUAAGAAAUGUGGCUUAUUUCCGUGGAACCCAUUGGAGGUAAAAGUCCCACUUGAGAAUGUUAGCGAAAACCAGGACAUAAGCGAACAAAUUCAUUAUCUGAAAGGGGGCUUAAAUUUUUUAAGCGAAUCUAUCAAUCCCGAAAAAUUUGUAGCAUUUGAUGCAACUCUGGAUGAAUGGUCAGGUGAUUUGGCAUGUUCUAGUUUUUAG